UUUGCGAAUGAGUAAAUGGAAUUGAAUUUGGUUAUUUCUUUGAUUGCAGAUCUGUACAAGUUGACCGGCGAGAUCUUAGGUGAGGGUGCGUACGCGAGCGUGCAGACGUGCGUGAACAUGUUCACGGAGCAGGAGUACGCCGUGAAAAUAAUCGACAAGGUCCCUGGACACGCGAGAGCGCGAGUCUUUAGGGAGGUCGAAACGUUCCACUAUUGCCAAGGACAUCCUAACAUCAUACAGCUCACCGAGUUUUUUGAGGACGAGGAAAAGUUCUAUCUGGUCUUUGAGAAGGUGAAUGGUGGGCAGUUGCUGCAACGCAUCCAGGAGCACAAGUUCUUCAGCGAAGCAGUGGCUGCGGAGAUAGUGAGAGAAGUGGCAUCGGCGUUGGCUUUCAUGCACGCCAAGGGCAUCGCGCAUAGGGAUCUCAAACCUGAGAAUAUCCUGUGCGUGCACAGGGACCGACUCUGCCCUGUCAAAAUAUGCGACCUCGAUCUCGGAUCCGGAAUACGGUUCCAGUCAAGCGUUUCUAGUCCACUGGCAACACCACAACUACUAACACCGGUGGGUAGUGCCGAAUUCAUGGCACCGGAAGUGGUCGAAGCGUUCGUGAAUGAUGCAGAUUCUACUGCAUAUGAUAAGAGAUGCGACCUGUGGUCGUUGGGAGUGAUAAUUUACAUAUUAUUAUGUGGCUAUCCGCCUUUUUAUGGCAAAUGCGGCAGCGAUUGCGGAUGGGACCGAGGUGACAACUGCACUACCUGUCAAAGUCUCCUCUUUCAGAGCAUUCAAGAGGCCCACUACGAGUUUCCUGAGCAGGAGUGGGCCUACAUUUCUCAGGACGCCAAGGACCUGAUUUCAUCUUUACUGGUAAAGUCUGCAAGAAACCGUAUCAGCGCAGAGGAGGUGUUACGUCAUCCUUGGUUAAAGACGGCAUGUAACAACGCCCCACUAGCUACACCUUCAGUUAUAAAAAGAAACAAUUCGGCUCGCGAACUGUCUCAGUUUGCUGAGUCGGCUAUGGCAUGUAAGCGUGUCGUUUUACAACAUUUCAGUAUGAACCUGGAUUACCUCGAACGUCCAAAUGUUUAUUCGCCAAAUAAUAACGAGAACAAGGCGCCAUUCGGUUUAAGUCCGCCCAGCGAGAGUUUGUUAAUGCAACGUCGUAAUUCGGCAAGAGUGCGCAGUUGCCAACUUAUGCGUUUGGCGCAGAACAACAGCCGACCCACCGCCAUUGCCAGCCCAAGCGGAUAAGUGUCAAACUUUUGUUCUAUCUUUCAUUCAUCCGUUGUUUCCGGUAUAACAAACAAAAAAAAGGAAAUAAAAACAACUUAUUUUUCUUAUAGUACUAGUACCCACGACAGACUGUUGUUUUAGUACAACACACAUCAGGAACAGCAGUUUCUUUCUGCUUGUGAAAAAAGACUCAUUUUGUUGUCCUGCCAUACUACAGUGGUAUUUGUUUUUGUUUUAUCCACAAUAAUAAAAUGUGCUUUGAAGACGAAAUAAAAAAAAUAUAAAAAUAAAAAAAUUACAAAAAAAAAACAUCCCAAAUUUCAUCGAAUGAUGAAUAUUUUCUAUCUGGAUGGCUAGUUUCAGUUUAUUUCGUUAAAUUUCCAGUGUGAUCGAUACAAAAUGUGGUGCAUUUCGUAUUAUAAUAAUUAAGUUUUUUUUUUACUUUUAUAAGCGAUACCGGUCCUGGUGUGAUGGGUUUGAGAGUAACAUUGUAAUUGCAGCAGCCACUUAAUUAUUGGGAUUCCCACUUUUUUCCGAAAACAACAUUGAA